AUGAGGGAUGUGAAAGGCUUCUUGCAGUCACUGAAGGUGCUGGAUGGUGCCCCAGUAGUGUUUGUCAAGAAGAAGUGGGCAGUGGAGCUGAAGCUGCCUAAGCAAUAUGGAGACAUUUACAAUGUAUGGCUCGGACGUUAUCCUGUGGUAGUACUGUCUGGAUUCCAAACGGUGAAAGAAGGCCUUACAAACUCACCAGAAGUCUUGUCUGAACGACCGGUGACCCCUUUCCUGAAAGCUGUAUUUAAAAAAAAGGGUUUGGUCUUUUCAAAUGGUCACACCUGGAAGCAGCAGAGACGGUUCAGUGUCAUUACUAUGCGGAAGCUGGGUCUGGGGAAGAAAGGCAUGGAGUUCCAAAUACAAGAGGAAGCCCAUCGUCUUGUGAAGGUCUUUGCACAUGCAAAAGGGCAGCCACAUGAUUUUUCACUCCUCAUCACUAAUGCAGUGUCCAGCUUGAUAUGUGUUUUGGCUUUUGGAUACCGAUUUUCUCUUGAAGAUGAAAAAUUCCAAAAAUUGAUUGAUGCCGUUGAUUGCCUCUUGAAAGAUUCAAAUACCUUACUUCACUUGCUGUAUGAAGUCUUCCCAUGGCUCAUGAAACAUUUCCCAGGGCCUCAUAGGAAGUUAUUUGCCUCUGCAGACUUGGUACUUUCAUUUGCAAAGGAGGAGUUAGAAAGGCAUAAAGAGCAACGAAAGGAUGAGCCGCAGGAUUUCAUUGAUUUCUAUCUACUUCAGAUGGAGAAAAGCAAGGAUGACCCCAACUCUACCUUUGAUGAAGAGAACCUGGCAGAGUGUGUUCUUGACCUCUUUGUCGCAGGGACAGAGACGACUGCUGCUACUCUGCAAUGGGGACUGCUCCUCAUGGUGUCUUAUCCAGAUGUUCAAGAUAAAGUCUACAAGGAGAUGGAAGAUGUUUUAGGUUCCACCCUUCCCAUUUGCUAUGAAGAUCGAAAGAAACUGCCUUACACCAAUGCGGUGAUGCAUGAAAUUUUGCGUGCAAAAUAUCCCUUAUUAAUUGGGAUUCCCAGGCGAAGUGCAAAGGAUAUGGAAAUGCAUGGUUUUCACAUUCCAAAGGUACAGGAUAUAGAUAAGGCAACAGCUGUAUAUUUUGAAAGCAAAGAGCACCUGAUAGUGGCACUUUAA